CUCGGUCUUUAUAACCCUCUAUAGUGCGCCGAUAGACUGUCCUCGUCGGGCACUGACUUCGGUGCAACCAUCACCACCACUCACGAACAAUUGUGAUAUCACUAUCCCUCCUAGUCUCUCAUCCUCCGCAUACAGCCUCCACGCUUAGGGCUCGCUCGCCAGACAUGGACACAGAGAGCAGCCAUGCGCAGGAACAUGACUUUGCGCAGACUUCCUGGCUUGAUAUAGGUGGAUUCAGUCCCUCCGAGCAAUCUCCAACGCUGGACUACCAAGCUUUUGGAUAUGGAGUCGUACCACUAGACCCAUCCUAUAGCGUCGAUAUCCCUCCACCUUAUGAGGGAUUGCCAAUAGCCAUGCCUCCACCCCCGAGUUCCUGGCCUAGUAUGCUUUCAAACCAAGGGCCAUUCCCGGAACCGGGCAUGUCAGCUGUACCCUUGAUGCAGGCACCACCCACACUUGCCCCGGUGCCAACUAUUCCAGCAGUUCCUCGCAAGGCAUCCAUUAGCAAGGCAUCUACUGGCAAGUCGACGACCGGCAAAUCAUCAUCCGGCAAGUCAUCCAGUGGAAAGUCGAAUAGCAACCCAACGCCUCGCAGGACUCUGACGGAUGAAGACCGUCGGCGGAUGUGUCUUUAUCAUGAAGAGAAUAAGACAGCCAAGCAAACAGACAUUGGAGCAUUAUUUGGAGUCGAAAGAAGUACUGUCUCAAAGGUCCUGCGGCAGAAGGAUAAGUACCUCAAUCCAGACGAUGGCAGUCGAUCUCCCAUCAAGCGUGCCAAAGGAAGAGUCCCAGACAUUGAAAAGGCUUUGUCUAAUUGGGCGCGGAACUACCAGAAACAGGGCUACCCGUUGAACGAUGAGAUGAUACGUGAGAAGGCCCUUUUCUUUGCUAGUACCUGUGGCAGUUCAGACGGCAAGGAGAAGGUGCUAAGUACCAGUUGGUUGGAGAAAUUCAAACGCAAGUAUAAUUUGAUGGGUGCAAGGAAUCGCAAGGGCUCCUGGGCCAGCACAAAGAGCGAAUCGGAUAGCCCUACUUGUUUGAGCAUUGAUUCAGCACUGGCGUCCGCGGUCCAGUCGCCCACCUUACUCUCGCCUACAUCCCCCACAGGCUUCCUAUCACCAUUGCCGCUAUCACCCGUCCAGAGCAAUGAGAACAUCAGGGGCGAGCUUGUCCAGAGUCUUGCAGAGAUUGCAAGUGACUAUCAGCACACGCAUACCAAGAGUACAACCUCGCUGGACACAACAUGCUCUUUCUCUGCCGGGGUUACCAGCCCGACAUCCACUUUCGUAACCGAAAGUCCAUUUACUCCUACUAGCCAGUCCCUUGGUUCAUCCGCGGAUGGCAAUCCCACCAGACCACGCAGCCAAACAUUUCCACUCAGUUCGUCCGACCCGAACCUUUUGUGCCCUGAUGAAAACUCCGAGCAUUUGACAAAAGCCGCACUACGACAGUCACUCUCAAUCUCAGAACAUCAACCUCCCCUUGAGGAACAUCACGACCAGAAAUUCCUCCCAGCACUUGAUACGUCUGCGAAUACAAUCAAACGCAAUCGGAGCAACCCGGAAUUCAAAGCCAAGUCCAUAUAUCCACCAUUGUUCUCGAAGUCCAACACUGUGUCUCCGGUUAGCUCCCCGGGCUCGCCAACCCAGGAUGAAGCUAGGAGAGCACUAGAGCUCGUGAUGAAUUAUUUCAAACAACAGCCGUCAGGUCUUGGGGCAGAUGAUUACAUGACAAUUGGGAAGUUGAUGGAAAGGCUUGAGCUCGCCAAGGCGCAGCAAGUGACCCUUCCAGGGGGUCUCACUCGAAUUGACGAACAUGACGAUUCACCUCAAUUGAACAGGAAGAGAAGCAUCCACAGCCUUGGCUAGACAGUCCUGGCUUGCCGGUGAUCUCCCGAACCAUGGCAUCAUAAAAUGUAGCGACUACAUGUGAUCACUACCUUUGGCAUAUUAUCCUAAUUUUUCUUCGGUGUUUCUCUAUUGCUCUUUUCAUUAUACCACAUAUGAUUUAUCUUUACCGGGCGGUCUUCUGCUUUAACAUUGCAUUUUUAUGCCAGAUCGAACAAUUUUGUGACAGUCAG